UCAGCCUGACGUUGCCUGAUGGGAAUACUGUAGCCUCAACCACAAACUGGAGGCUGUGGUGGGAUCGUUUGGGAGGCAAUUUUAAGUGAUCAUAUAAGAGUAUCUUGCUGGCUGAAGGGUUGAGGAGGCAGUAAAGAUAGCUUAAGUCCAGUAUUAUGUUGAUAUUCUUAGCUGCAAGUAGCCUCAUGCUAUUAAUUCCUGUAAAUUCCAUCCAGCAAUGGAGGGCAGCAGCUCAUCCCUACCCUCCAUCAUGACAGUUUACAUCAAAGAGGAGCCUGGAGACGAGGGAGAGGACAUAACUGUGAAGGAUGAACCACUUUGCAGUGAAGAAUAUGAGCAAACUCCACUUCGCUCAUCUUGCAAGCCAUGCAAGAAAGAGGUUCAAGUUGAGGCUCACGAGGCCUGCACCAGCGCCUCACAGUACACUGCUGCAGUGCCUCAUAAGCAGGAUGUCUUGCCAUGCAAUGCCCAGAGCAACAUUGGACAGGAUGAGUGGAUGGCAGUUUCUCCUGAAAACAAGGAAAAAAAUAUUUCUGCUGCUGAGAAAAAUAUUUCUCCAGUGCCCAAUAGAGCAGCUUUAGUCCAGGAAGUUCUCUUUGAUCAGCCUGUGGCUGAGUUCAAGUCUUUUGAGUCAAACUUGCCCAACAAAGACAAUGGAAGAUUAGCGGAGGAAUUGCAUGAAGUUUCCUCAUCCACUGAUUCAUCCCAUUCUAAAGCUCCUUUUAAUGCCCACCAGUUGAACAAAAUUGAUUUUGGAUCUGGAUUUAAAUGCAAGUUAUGCAACUAUGUCAUGGCUAUAAAACGAAAUCUCUGUAGACAUUUGUUUUCUAAGCAUAGUUUUGGGGAAGGAUUCAAAUGUAAGUUGUGUGAUUAUGCUGCUGGCAGACAAACACAACUCAAAGUACACAUGUUCUUCAAACAUGGUUUAGGGAAGAGUGUAAAAUGUGAUGUGUGCGACUAUGUUACUGCGCAAAAACAAAACUUAGAACGUCACCUGUUUGUAGAACAUGGUUUGGGGGAAGGAUAUAAAUGUGAUCUGUGUGACUAUGUUACUGCUCAAAUACAAAAUCUCCGAAAUCACUUGUAUUCUAAACAUGGUUUAGGGAAAGGAUUCAAGUGCAAGUUGUGUGAUUAUGCUGCUGGUAGUAAAGUUCUUCUCAGCAGGCACCUUUCCUCAAAGCAUGGUUUGGGAGGCUUAAAAUGCAAGCUAUGUGAUUAUUCUGCACGUGAUAAAUCUCAUUUAAAUGAGCACAUGUUUUCUAAGCACGGCAUGGGUAAAGGAUUUCAAUGCAAGCGGUGUGAUUAUGUCAGCUGCAGAAAAGAUGGCCUUGAUAGGCACAUGUUUUCUAAACAUGGUUUAGGGAAAGGAUUCCCAUGCGAUUUUUGUGAUUAUGUCACUGCUAAGAAAUGUUAUCUAACAAAGCACCUGAAAUCCAAACAUGUUCUGGAUUAUGAAAAAUUUAAUAGUACAAGUAGUGCUACUAUGUCUGCUGACAAUCCAAUCUAAACUUUGUUGAAGGGGUUUGUUUGAAUUCAGUUUGUGUGUAUAGGUUGCAGCUGAUAAAUAUCAGAUGAAAUGUGUACCGAUUUAUAGCAGUUGUUUGGUUGAAGUAUUCCAUAUUGAGUUUAGUUGCAAUGCCACAAUCAAAAUUUGAAUGAGACUUGCAAACUAUGCACCUUCCAUGUCAAGAAAUCAAGGUCUUGAUGCUCUGUAAUCUGGUCGGCCUCCUCAUUUUGUGCCAGAAUUUUUAAUUUUAAUAGUCUUAUUUAGAUGAGAUAAUGUGAGUGAUGCAAAUCAAUUUUUGUGCUCUUAUAAUCAGUAAUUCAAUACUUUGAAAUUUACAAGAUUAUUUGUACUAAAUACUUGGGUCUUUUUCAUUACUCAGUUGGGGGAAGGGCCUUUCCAAUAAUAAACUUCUUAUUGGCAACAAUAGUAGCGUCCACUUGUAGGCUACUAAUUUAAAGUUGCUAGAUUGAAAUAACAUUUACCAGGUUGAAUAUAGUUAAGGUUUGUGAUAAUGAUUUCUUAAUGCAAAUUUUAGGCUUACAUAUUUGACUUUGAAUUUAAGUUACCCAAUCUUCAGCUAGAGAUAACACCUACUCCUGGAGUUGGAAGAUAAUAUGUCUAAGGUAUUGUACUGAUGAUAAAAUACAUGAGAUUUCAUCUCAUAAUAAUAUGCAUUCAAAAAUUACUUUUUAAAGACAACACUUCCAAAGA